UUCUAUGUCGAGCCAGUCAGCAGGCCAAUCAGGGAAGGAGGAAGAGGUUAAAACCAAAAUGGAGGAAGAGAAAUCUGGUAGUGAGCAGACCGUGUCGUCGUAAAACCAAACCACGAGUCGUGUCCCAGUGUGACGCUGUGCCCACAGUACUAACAAACAUUCCUCUUCUAAUACUGACAUAUCGUUGACUUUUGACCAUUGACUUUUGACCUUUGUCUCACAGAGUCGGUUUACGGCAAGUCGUCGAGCAAGUUAUGAACGUUCAAAGUGAUAGUUCUUCCCGACUCGUAGACUAUAUCAACGCUGCCCAGUCUGGACAAUUUGAAGUUGGGGGAGAUGCAUCCCAAGUGUCGAUGAAGAUGAUGCGAGGUGAAGUGUCGGCCAAGACGACGUAUCAGCGCACCUCCACUGGACCAGUCGUAGUCGCCUCCGUAGACCCUGAGGGCAAGUUCAUCGUCCUCGAGAACACAUCGUCAGGAACAUCACGCAGGGAUGUCGACCUCGACAGCUACAGACUUGAGAGGGACUUGGACUCCAAGAGAAAACUGUCAUACACCUUCAGAAACUAUUCACUGAAGGCCGGGAAACAGGUCAAGAUCUGGGCCAAAGGAUCCUCGACGAGUGCCGGCUUGAACGACCUGGUGUUCCGCGACGCCGACUCCUGGGGAACCGGCUCCAACAUCACCACCACCCUCCUCAAUAACAAGAACGAGGAGAAGGCCUGCCACAUCCAGAAGACCAACUACUCCUAAACGUCCCCAAGCACUGCCAUGUCACGCCACCAGAGGGCGCACCGGUCUAAUCUGUGGGCGUUGACAGCCCAAGCCACCUAUCCGCUGUUUAUAUUGACUUAGAAUAUAGCUAAAGAUUUCAAUUGUUUCAGUCCAGAACUGUUUUUAAAAAAUGUAUGUUAAUAUCACAUUUUUUAGUAUCAUUGUGGACGUAUUUAAUUUUCAUGCUUGUAUAUCAACCAUAUUUAUGACAAUACUCUCUUGAACAAUUUUUAUGUUGAAUAGUUUUAAAAAAAAUGUUUUUUUGAAGUUUAGAAAAGCGUAUGAAAAUAAUCUAACAGCGCUUGUGUUUACGUCUUUCAGUUCAAUGCUUUAUGUGGUGCUACUGUAUCGAUUGGAUGGUUAUAUUCUGGUUGUGAAACUGACCAUUCACACAAUGUACCCUUGUACAUCAAUGGAUUCAAAUUCUUUGUUUAAAAAGGGUAGAUAACUCUGCUUUCAUUGUAUCUCAGGCCUGUCUUGGUGUAUCAGAUCUGUUUGUAAUAUAUUAAAGAUUUUCAAAGAACACAUCUUAUAUACUUUUUGCAAACUAUUUUUCAUAAUAUUUACCUUUAUAUGAUAUUGUUUUCAUCUAGCCUUAUGCAUUUAAAGAGAAAUACAGUCGUGUUUAGGCAGCAUAUCAUAUGUAGAAUAGAUGUAUGGGAGGUAACUCUGAUUCAGACAAAUACACCACAAACACGUUCUUGGUGUUGCCAUUACGAUUACUGUCUUGAUUGACGGACAAUUACAAAUUUUAAUUAAAAAUAUUUAAGGUACAGCGUGACAUCAGCCUCACUAUGGGUUCAUUGAGGCACAAUUUAAAACAAAACCUUCUUUGUGAUCAGUGUUUGGGAAGCGCCAUAGUGAAAGUACCAAGAAACUCCUCCAGGAAACAAUUAUACGGAAUUGUUACCACAAUGGAUUACCUUCAAGAAGCAGCGGGACACGUCUUCAUCCUCAUCACUAGGGUCGUUCAUGUGGAGAUUUGCUAAAUUGAAGAUGCCCUCUCAUAGAAUCUCUCUCCUUGCAAUGGCAGUUUCGCCUAGGGUAACAAACAGCCCCGAGACUUGGGAAAAGGGACGCUUGUAAAAUGGUGGUUGGUUCACUUGGACAUUGCCUCAGAGAAAGUGAUGUCAUUUCUUCUUAAACCUUUCUUCCACGAUCUUUCCGCAGUUGCAUAAUACGUGUCUUCAUGAAUAUAUAUCUCAACGUUUCACUGAACAUCUGAAAAACUUUACUCCAAAUUUGGUAGUCGAAUCUUUUUCCCUACACCCAAUGUAUGUGUUACAAGUCAUUUCUGUGUUGUUAUUCGAAUGAUCUCAUAAUUGGCACGUUGUUUACAAGUUGCAUUCAUUGGCUUGUUAACCGUUAACUUGAAGUGUUAAUACCUAUGUUGUGCCCAGGUUUGAUCUGUUGAGCGCAGACAUGCAAUUAAACUCCGAGCAGCUAAUGGCGGCGAAAGGUAUCCAUUGUCCGAAACUAAAAUGCAGGAUUUACAUUCGUAUUUUCAAAGUUGACAGAUUUUGUAUUUUUUCUUUCUAGCGCCUAUGUUGCGAAGCUUUUAAUAGGUGCACCUGUUGAAAUAUGCAUUGAUAGUUUAUGUAGAGGCAAUGCAAAGACAGCACGUAUUGCAAUCAAAUUUAAUUAUAAAUUAUUGCAUUUGGGGAAUUGGACAAUUAUGAAAAUUGAGUCUAUAAUGCAUUGUGAAUUCAUAUAUGUUCAAAACACUCAAGUGAUGCGUGCUGUAAGUGUGAAUAUGGUGAUGGUGCACUUUACUAACCCAUGUGAGCUGUUUGUAGAUACAUCCCAUUUCGUACGGCCGUCAGAGAUGGCUUUGCCUGCGUGUUCUUUGCACCCUGUCGAUAUCACGUAAGGCAUCUGCCGGUAAUUUUAUUGUACCUAUGCUUUUUAAGCAUAAUAAACUAUUAACAAUA